AUGAGAUUCUAUGCAGGGCCUCAUUUCUUCUAUGGAAAACCAGCUAUCAUUAAGCCAUGGUCUGCUACAUUUAAGUUUCAUGCUGAAGUGUUAAAGGUUAUCCCUCUCUGGGUUAGGUUCCCUAAUUUGCCACUCAAUUGCUGGGGGACUGAUUCUCUUAGCAGGAUGAGUAGUGUGAUUGGUGUACCUCUCUAUGCUGAUGAAUGUACCUCACAACAACUUCGGGUUUCUUUUGCUAGAGUACUUGUGGAGGUUGAUGUCACCAGACCUUUACCUAGUAGUAUUGUUGUGGUUGAUGCUUCAGGUGAGGAGUUUAUGCAGAGUGUUACUUAUGAUUGGAAACCACCUUAUUGCAAGGUGUGUUGUAUGGUAGGGCAUAAUUGUGAAACCAAAGCUGGAGUGGUAAAGAAAGCUGAUGUACCAGUGAAGAAGGUGACAAAGAAAUGGGUUCCUAAAAAACAGCAACCAGUGGUGGUUCAGUCCACUCAGACUCAAGUAGUUCCUACUCAGGCCACACCAGUUGGCACUUCUAGUGUGAUUCACUCAAAUGAUGAUGCAGGUUGGAGAGUUGACUCUAGAAGGGUGAAACACAGAGAGGAGAGGGUUCCUCCCUCCAUUACUCCUGUUCAGAAUGUGUUUGGAGUGCUGACUCAAACACACCAUGAAACUCAUGAUGAGGAGUUAGAUGAAGAGGAAGGAGAUGGGGGGCAGUUUGGUGUGUUGGAGACAAGGGUUAAGAAGAACAAUGCUGAUAAGAUAAAACAAAAACUAGGGAAUGGCUGGAGUUGGGUUUGUAAUUCUAGCUGUAAUCCUAGAGGUAGAGUGUGGUUAGGCUGGAGAAUGAUGAAUGUUACUGUAAAAAUCCUAGAUGUUCAUGAGCAAUUCAUUCAUGGUGAAAUUUUAGAUAACAGAGGGAGGUUUGUGUGUUAUUUUACUACAGUUUAUGGUAUGCAUACUGUAGAAACUAGGAAACCUUUAUGGGUUUCUCUUGCUGGUAUUGCUGCCACAGUUAGUCAUGCUCCUUGGUUGAUUCAAGGAGAUUUUAAUGCUGUUUUGGGCUGUCAAGACAGAAUGAAUGGGGUGGAUGUUAGUAGAUAUGAAACAAAAGAUUUUUCUGAUUUCAUGUUCCAAACUGGUGUUGGGGAAUUAAGAAGUACAGGGCAUUAUUUCUCUUGGAGCAAUAAGGGGUUAGGAGAUGCUAGAGUGGUUAGUAGGAUUGAUAGGGCAUUGGGGAAUAGCUGUUGGAUGAUUCAGUAUGGUCAUUUGGCAGUUGAUUACUUAAAUUGCUCUAUUUCAGACCAUUCUCCUUUACUGCUUAAACAAGAUUGGUCAAAGCCUAUUCAGGGUAACCCUCUCAGUAGAAUAUGGUUUAAGUUAAAGAGACUUAAACUACAACUCAAACAUUUGCAUAAGGAGGAAUUUGCAGGUAUUGAAUCCAGAAUUCAACAAUCUCAGCAAGAGCUGGAGCAUGUUCAAGGGCAAUUACAAGUGGACUCUGCUGAUUUAUUGCUACAAGUUGAGGAAAAAAGACUAACUGAUAAGCUUAGAAAAUGGCUGUCAGUUGAGGAGUCUGCUUUAAAACAGAAGUCCAGAAUUUUAUGGCUCUCUAAUGGUGACUCUAACACCAAAUUUUUCUUUGCUUCUGUGAAGCAAAGAAGAAAUAUGAACAAAAUCUCAAUGCUAUAUGAUGAUCAAGGAACACAAUUGAUUGAACCUGAUGAAAUAAGUAAAGAGAUCCAUUCUUUUUACAAGAAGUUGUUAGGGUCUGCUGCUGCUGUGUUACCAAAAGCUGAUAUUCCCACUUUGAGAGCUGGCCCUAGAUUAUCAAAUGUAGCUGCUAUGGCUCUGUGUUGUCCUAUUACUAACUCUGAAAUUGAUGCUGCACUUCGCUCAAUUGAUGAUAGCAAAGCUUCAGGUUUAGAUGGAUACAAUGCUGUUUUCUUCAAGAAGUGCUGGCAUAUAAUCAAAGAGGAAAUGUAUGAUGCAGUCAAGUUUUUCUUCUCUCAAGGCAGAUGUGGCCAGGGGUGA